AUGGUAAAACGCUCCCUCCAGACGGAGGAUCAGGCGUGCUACGGAAAGCUGCAUGUGAUGAUGGAGAUGACUGCUGGGUAUGCACUUCACGGGACGGUCUUUGGUCCUGAGACAACCCAAUUUCAUUUUUUUGAUGGAACUAUAAAGCAAAAUAUGAUUGAUUUUAUGGAGGGACAAAAUCGUCUUAUUUUUACCUAUGGUGUUACUAAUGCUGGUAAAACAUUUACAUUUCAAGGAACAAAAACGGAUGCAGGCAUUUUGCCUAGAUCAAUGAAUCUACUAUUUGACGCUAUUAAAGGAAAUGUUUACUUAAAGAUGGAUCUAAAGCCUCACAGAUGUCGGGAUUAUGUAAGACUGACAAAAGAACAAGUGAAAGUUGAAACUGCACUUAAGAACUCUAUUCUUCGUCAAUAUAAAGAGGUCUAUGACAGGGAGGGAAGCGCCUACCACACCCAAGGAUCAGCAUCUAUCAUGCAUUUGGAUCUAAGAAGAUUAGGGGAAAUAGAGAACAGGAUCUCUGAUAUAGAGGACCGACAACACACCCAACAGACCCUUGUAGAUACACACACUAAGAAUAUCGACACACUGCAAGCACGACUGGACGACCUAGAAGAUAGGUCGCGUAGAAACAACUUGAAAAUAGUGGGUCUCCCAGAGACUUCAGAAUUCGCUGACCUAAUGACCUUUAUGAAAACUACAUUACCAGAACUAUUAGUUAUUAGUGGGUUUGAGCAUUCUUCCAGCAUCAUUUCAGAGUCUGAAGAACGUGAGAGAGAAUCUGAGCAAUACAAAUUAAAUGUGGAUAGCUCUGUAAAGUUUUCUGUUUGGGUUUCGUUUUGUGAAAUUUAUAAUGAGUGCAUUUUUGACCUUUUGGACCCUAUAUCUGGUGACAAGUUUUACAAAAGAAAAACUUUGCGGCUUGCACAAGAUGUGAAAGGAUUUUCUUUUGUCAAAGAUAUUCAAUGGAUACAAGUUUCAGAUGCUAAGGAAGCAUGUAAAAUCUUAGCUUUAGGAAAAAAAUUUCAAAGUAUUGCAAAUACCAAGUUGAAUAGUUCUUCCAGUAGGAGUCACAGCAUAUUUAACAUAAGGCUGUUAAGAAUUGAUGAUAUUUCUCGAGUGGUUAAAGUCAGCGAAUUAGCACUGUGUGAUUUGGCUGGUUCUGAAAGAUGCACAAAGACCCAGAAUGAAGGUGAAAGACUAAAAGAAAGUGGAAAUAUAAACACAUCACUGCUGAUUCUUGGCAAAUGUAUUAAUGCCCUGAAGAACAGUCAACAAUCAAAAAUACCACGACAUGUACCUUUUCGGGAAAGCAAGCUUACUCACUACCUUCAGAGUUUUUUCAGCGGUAAAGGAAAAGUGUGUAUGAUUGUAAACAUCUGUCAGUCUGCUUCAUCUUGUGAUGAAACGCUUAAUGUGCUCAAGUUUUCAGCAGUAGCACAAAAGGUAGACAAUUGUGAACUGUUUCACUGCCUCAAACUACAGCACAAUGUUAAAACAAAAGAGAAAAUCAUUGAAGAUAUGCGAACGGCACUUCUUGAACAAGAGCAAACACAGACGGAACAAGAUCAAGCUCUCGAGGCCAAAAUAGAAGAAGCUGAUAAAUUAACUGAGGAAUUGGAAGAAUGGAAAAAUAAAUACAGAGAACUUGAGACCAACAGCUGCAAAAUACUUUCAGUCAUACCAGAAUGCGAGAAAAAUAUUUUACAAACUAAUUCUGCAGAAGUGUCCAAGCUACAGUCCCAAUUAAGAGAAUAUGAAGAAAAGCACAUUAGUGAAAGAAAGAAAUGGUUGGAUGAAAAAAUGAAACUUUUAGCCCAGACUAAGGAAUCCGAGACUCAUAGAAACAAGGAGAUGAGAAAGUUUGCUGAGGACCGAGAACGUUUCAUUAAACAGCAAACAGAAAUCGAACAGCUAAAUGCUCAACUUGCUGAGAAAGAUAAUACUCUUCUGAAAUGGAGAGAAGAGCGUGAUCAGCUUCUUUCAGAAUUAGAAAUUCAACUUAAAAGUCUUCUUUCAAGUAAUAUGGAAAAAGAGAAAGAAAUAGAAAAUCUUAAGAACAGAAGAAUUUCCCAGACUCAUGAGGAAAAUUCAGUUGUGAUUGACUUGCAGAAGCAGCUAACAUCAAGUGAUGAAACAAUCAAAGAAUUACAGCAGAAACUUGCUCAGCUAGAACAAUGUCAGAAUUCAUCUUCUGGUUUAAUUGCAACAGAUGAGGUGAAAGAACAGACGGUUGAUAAGCCUGUUGAUAAGCCUGGAGAGACCAAUCUAUUACAUACACAGGAAACAAAACACUCCACUAGUAGUUUGUCUUCAAUAGAUGAAUGUCAGGAUGGAUCACAGACUGUGUUGGAUUCCUCUUCGAUUUCUACAGAAAGUGGAAAACCCAGUAGAUUUCCAAAGCCUGAGCUUGAAAUCCACUUCAGCCCAGUGAAACCUAACAAAUUUGCUGUAAAACAUCAUGGUGAUGAUUCACCAAUCACAGUGAAAAUAUCCAGACCUGCAAGAAAGAGGAAGAGCCAUGAGAUGGAGCAGGACAUAAUAAGAACUGAAAAUAAGAAGAAUGCAUUGGCAAAAACCUUCAAUAAGACCCCUUGCUCACUUUCCAGUCUUACAUUAAAUAGCAGUGAAUUAAAGAAAUCUCAAAGGCAGAACUUAAAAAAGCAGACUUCAUCUUCAAGUACUAUGUCUGGUCAGAAGAAGGAUGGAACCUUUCAGAAACUUGGAGACUUUUUUCAAAGUUCUCCUUCUAUCUUCCAUACAAAAGCAAAAAAACUACUUCAGACUAUUAGUUCUCCAAAGCCCACAGAAGUGACUGUCUGCGGAAAAGAAAAUGAGAGCAAGCCCAAACGAAACAGGAGAAGAUUAUACACUACUGAUAUUUCUGUUCCAUUAGACAUUCCUAUUCAUCCAAUGGUGUUGGACAAAAAUGAGAAGGAAAGUGACCACUUAAUUAUGAAGAGACGCCUACGAACAAGAACUGCUAAAUAAUGUGUAUUUUAUUGUGAUUAUCUGUCAUACUAGUAAUUAUAAACAUAAUGGGUUGAUCACUAUCCUUUAGAAAACUUUAUCUAAGGAUUUUUCUACAUAAUUUACUGUUAAAGUAUAUUACGGAUUUUUUUAGAUAAAUCAUUUAAUAAACUUUUUCAAAGGA